CGCUGAGAUGCUUCAAAGCCUUAUUAAGAAUGUCUGGGUCCCCAUGAAACCCUACUAUACUCAGGUUUACCAGGAAAUUUGGGUAGGAAUGGGGUUGAUGACCUUCAUCCUUUAUAAAAUCAGGAGUGCUGAUAAAAGAAGUAAAGCUUUGAAAGGCUCAAGUUCUGCACCUGCCCAUGGUCAUCACUAACCGCUCACCGAGUCCACUCAAGAUGAAUCCUGUCGGCUAAACUUAAGCAAGUGUGUUAGAUGGGAACAUGAAACAUCGCUGUACACUUCCCUAAGUACCAUUUACAACGUGGCAUCAAUAAAUGUGUCUGAGUAGCAAAAA